AUGACCCCGAACCGAUUCAUCGACGGCCGCUCACCGAAGAGAAACACUGUCACUAUUCCUGCCCAUACAUCCACUGCUUUUAUCAUUAGAGCUCCUCAACGCCAUAGUCUUGACAAUAAGGUUUCUUUCUUUGUUGUUCUCGCUUUUCAGAGAGUCAGCUGGUGCCUCGAAACCAUGAGACAUUGA